UCCUGGUCGGGAGCUUUGUGUGGCUCACUGAAAAAUCAACAAGCGCGACAGACGCGGCUUUCUCGCAGGAGGGUGGUCUUGUGUCUAUUCCAAGCCAGGCUUUUUUGUUGGGGGGGCAAUCAAACGCCGUUCGCGAACUACAGAGGGCAGGAUCGCGUCUAUGGAGCCCGCUACUCUGCUGCGGGCGUGGGGGGAAAGGCGGAUCUGAGCAAGAGCUCUUAGAGUCCGCUCCUCGGUUAAGGGUGCGCAGGCAAAAGCGUGAAACCAAAAACCAUCUCAGUGUUAAUGAAACUUCGCUACGAUUUACGCGCCAGGAUUGCCGUUCACCAUGCUAAGCUAAAGAAGAACAUUGUGUUGAACAUGCUAAAGCGCUUGGACAAAAUCAGGUUCAGAGGUCAGAAGCGAGAUGAAUUCCUGGAUCUAACUGAGUCUCCCAACGCGUCUGACAAUGAAUGUAGCGAUGAAAUCCUGGUGAAACCGCGGCCCUCGCUGCGCGAAACGGAAGACCCACGAGACCCUGCUGGUACAGGAUCUCUCGCCAUGGCUGCCGCCAUCCAGGACUUCCAGAGGUCCGAAUCGGAGCGGCUCAACGAGGUCAAAGGCCAUUUGGAAAUCGCCUUGCUGGAGAAGCACUUCCUGCAGGAGGAGCUGAGGAAGCUGCGAGAGGAGACCAACGUGGAGACGCUGAAGCAGGAGCUGGAGAAGGAGCGGGGGAGGAGGCUGGACCUGGAGCAGAAGAUGAAUGAGGUGCUCAAAACCAGACUGGAAGACUCCCCUCCCCAGCCCCCACCGAGACCACAGCCGCCCGCCGCCAACGGGACAGAGAAACAGCAGGAGACAUGGUUCUCGCGGGUGCAGAAAUGGCUGUACGACAGGUUCGGCGUCUACAUCGAGGACUUCCGCUUUCAGCCAGAGGAGAACACGGUGGAGGCAGAGGAGCCACUAAGCGCUAAAAGGUUAACAGAAAACAUGAGGCGACUCAAGCGAGGUGCCAAACCCGUGACGAACUUCCUGAGGAACCUGUCUGCCUUAUCGAGCUGGCACUCUGUGUACACGUCCGCGAUCGCCUUCAUCAUCUACAUGAAUGCUGCAUGGCAUGGCUGGGCCAUCCCCCUCUUCCUGUUCCUGGCCAUCCUGAGGUUGUCUCUAAAUUACCUCAUCGCAAGGGGUUGGAGGAUCCAGUGGAGUAUUGUGCCUGAAGUCUCAGAACCUGAGGAACCACCAAAAGAAGACCUGACAGUGUCAGAGAAAUUCCAGCUCGUCCUGGACGUUGCACAGAAAGCACAGAACCUUUUUGGUAAGAUGGCGGAUGUGUUGGAGAAAAUAAAGAACCUCUUCAUGUGGGUGCAGCCAGAGAUCACUCAAAAGCUGUACAUCGCUCUGUGGGUGGCCUUCAUCUCCUCCUGCUUCCUGCCCUACAAGCUCAUGGGCUUCAUGAUCGGGCUCUACGCCGGCAUCAAGUUCUUCAUCAUCGACUUCAUCUUCAAGAGCUGCCCGAAGCUACGCGACAAGUACGACACGCCCUACAUCGUGUGGAACAGCCUGCCCACCGACCCGCAGCUGAAGGAGCGCUCCAAUGCCAUGCUGUCCCGGCGGAUCCAGCCGGUGGCGUCCCGCGGAAGCCUGGCGGCCAACGUCCCCUGCGGCAUCAGCCGCGAGGAGGAGAGCAGCCGGGUUCACAGCACCAAGAAGGGCGCCUUCCACGAAGUCUUCAACCUGUCUGAGAACGAGCGCCCCCUGCCAGUGUGUGAGAAUGGGUGGCGAUGCUGCUUGAUAAACAGAGACAGGAAGAUGCCCACGGACUACAUUCGGAACGGCGUGCUCUACGUCACAGAGAAUUACCUUUGUUUCGAAAGCUCCAGCUCCAGGGCCAGCGCCUCCAAGAAGAACAAAGUCAUCAAGCUGAUGGACAUCACAGAUAUCCAGAAGUACAAGGUCCUGUCCGUGCUACCAGGGUCAGGAAUGGGAAUCUCCAUAGCCACACCCUCUACACAGAAGCCUCUGGUGUUUGGAGCAAUGAUCCACAGAGACGAAGCCUUCGACGCCAUCUAUACACAGUACAUGAAAAUCCUGACCACGACCAACCCGGAGACCUAGCGACCAGCAGGGGGAGCUCUCGCCAGUCCUCCCACAUCCACCCUCCGCAGUGGAAGUCAGCUGGACAGCGCUUCCUCAUGUCUCCUCUAUAUGUGCGUGUGUCUGUGUGUGGGGGGGCAGGCAAACACCCCCUCUCUCAUUCAUUGGUGUCAGAGGAGGGUGAUAUGAUACACUCCUUUUGUUGUAAGGGGCGUGGGGGCAAUUCUCAGCCCCUUUCAGAGGGGGCACAUUUUAAUGUUCUGUCUCUGUGGAGGGGGGGGGGGCUUUCUAAUACUGACAUUUCAUGGUGGGGGGGCUGGAUCUCCUUGCUUACUUAGCAGUGCCACUGAACUCCAUGGAGGCACGUGGCAGACAGAUUCAGUUGAAAAUCACCUGUUAGGGUUUCUCUCCAGUUCCUUCUUUCUCUGUGGACUUGGUGGAAUUAUUACGGGAGGCCUCACAUAAGCAGUGCUCUGGUAGUGGCAAGGAACCGCACCCUGGACAGGUCUGCAGCCAAAAGAAGCCAAGCCUCUCUGUGUAGGUCACUCCGUUCUCAUGCAGACUGCCGGCGGAACCGCACAGAGGUUUAGGAAAUGCCCUGAUUCAGAGGUCUUUUACAGACGACUAGGAACAGAGGCUUCCUCCGCCUCCUUCUUCUAAGAUGUGAAACACGAUAAUGAGAGUCCCUUAUUUGAAUUCUGCUCAUUUUUGUAAUGGCCAAUGAACAAUCAGACGCAAGCUGAAGCCAACUGAAUGUGCUGGUGACAGAACCACAUGUCAACGCUGUUAGUGCAAAACUCCUUUUAGCCAGGACAUGCUCGUAACAGGCUCAUACCAUUUUACGAUCUGACAGCUAGCACUGGUAUUUUUAGUAGGGUAUGGCUCCAAGUACAGACAGCCAUUUUUUCCACCUGCCAUUGUUAACCCUUUUCAUUGUGGAUGCUGCAGCUGGUCCUGGGUGUACCUCACGACCCCUAACCCCUGGAGCUCUGGAGAGGGGCGUGUCUUAAGGGUCUUAAGGCGGAGCUUUAGAAGGCUCCAGUGGCAUCUUUUCUAAUUUGCCUCCAGAUGCAUUACUAUAUGCUCUAAACUCUGAACUUUCAGCUGUUAGAAGUCGGUAUGGAUAAAAAGAUAAAAUCUGGCAAUAAUACUAAUGCUAGAACAAAAGGCCUAUGUAUUCACAAGGGAGUAAGGGGUCUUUAUGAAUAGCCAUAAGCAGCUUAAUCUCUCUAUGGCCAAUGCAAGUCGUGUCAUAACCUUAAAUUAUCAAUAUCAUAAGCCCCUGUGUCACAUGUAUAUACAUAGAGUGAAUUCACCGUCUGAGACUGGAAUUGGUAGUUCACUUAGACCUCAGUCAGAGCUGCUGCCUUUCUGAAUAAAAGCUGGACUUUUUUCCUUUCAGAAAGGUUGAACAUUCACAGACGUGAUGCCAAACCAUGUACUCACUUGCUGUGUUUAUUACUGUUAUUUUUUCAAAGGCAGUUUAGUGGCUUGGCAGGCAGUGUAUCUCACGAGUUUUCCAUUUUUGGUUUUUUUUUUUCGCCUCCUGUUUGCUUGGUUGCCUUGGUCACCUGGUAGAAUCUGUGCCCAUAAAUGCAUAAAGGGCAUAAAGGGCAUAAAGGCCUUGAGAAAAAAUAUAUAUAUAAGGUGUUGAUAUAUUACACAGACGUAGCCUUCUACACCAGUCAUGGAAGCCAAUUUGAUUUAAUUGGUCAAAGAGUGGUGACUUAGUCCAGUGGCACCAGCCCUUUAUGUGUGUACCCAUCCAAUAUUCAUAUUGGAUAGGACUAUUAGAGGCAUUGCAGGCAGACCUGAUCACUCUGUCAGAUCUGGUCAUUCUAUAUCUAUAUGGUUUCUCCUGAGCCCUGAGCUGUGAUUGGCUGCUGUGGUGUCAGGUGGACAGGUCAACGGUGUCAGUUUAGAGCAGUUGACUGAUUUGAGCUGUCUUCGUGAGCUGUCUGUGUGUCUCAGUCUAAUGCACUGAUGGCUGUAUGAAGGGCCUCCAUCACACUCCCUCACAGUCUUCAGGGCCCAUACCAGCAUCCUCUGACACCAGGUGCCAGGUGUCCCUCACACAGAAGCUCCAUCCUCUAACUGAAGUCCUGAAGUCGCUGAAGCCCUCAAAAUAUUUCUGCUCCAACUGCACCACAAAAAGGAGGAACUUUGCCACACCACAAAGCCCCUAACUACCAGAUUCCUCCCAUCAGUCUACAGAAGCAGUGCCGUUUGGUUUUAUCUUUGUGUUUAGGCAGGGUUUUUUAUGUGUGUCAGACAAAGUCGUACUGUGUAACCUAGCAAACGGGACUCCUAGUCUUAUGGAUGCUAUUACUUGAAGCCUUUUUACCACUGACUUCAAAACCGAGUCUGGGUUUCUCAUAGCCAUGGGGUGUGAAUACCAGACUGAAGAAGCACAGAAUGUAUCGUGGGGAGUUAUAGUUUUGCCAAAUGUUUAGUCUUUAUUUUCACACGCCUGUCUUGUUCUGCCUAAGCUGUGCUGUUUACAGAAGGUUGGGUGAACUCCAGUGUGUAGGAGGCCAGUUGGAACCCCGAGGGUAAGAGGGGGGUAUGAGUGCGGGGAUAUGAAGACUGGACUGACAUCUUUUGUAAACGAUGACGUCGGUGCGAAGCCAGGCCUGUGUGGUCACGCGACAAUCUCUGCUCUGGACCGAGACCGGGAGUGGCAAACCGCCUAACGCUCAGACUGUCAUGGCAUACCGCACAAAGUACUGGAUUUUAGUGUUUUUUUAUUAAAUUGCGGUGACGUGUACUUUCUGUCGUCUUGGCCAAAGAGGUCAAUGUUUUUUCUUGGAUCUUCCAAGCACAAGCUAGAGCUUUGGUUUCACAGCGAAAUCGCUGAUAUCUCUGGUUGAAAGUCAUUUGAAGAAUGAGUCUAGCACUAGCCAUUCGUUGGCCAUAGCAUGUGGUUAGUUUGGUGCAGCCAGAUAAUUACUAAAACAGGCUUUCCCCCAGAGAAACUGUAAUGAUCGCAAAAUACAAUGGGUGUGACCCUGUAUGGUUUGCGGUCACGGUCAGGAGGAACCCACCAAGUGGUUUAAACCGCACUGCUCUCUGCCACGUUUUGUCUGCUGGGUAAACCAGAAGCCAUACUGACCUUUAACCUCCAGGCUGCGUCCUGAGAAAACCAGUCCACAUUCCAGUGCCGACCCUCAAAUGUGAAACCUCCUCACAUAUACCGCACACACACAGGAACAGUGGCGGGUGGCGUUUACGGAACCAGACUUGCAACCACAAGGUCAUAGGUUCAGAUCCCGGAUAAGGCACUGUUGUGUCCUUGAGCGAGGUAUUCAACCAGAUCUGCAGCAGUACACAUCCAGCUGCAUAAGUGGAUACUAUGUAAAAGCAUAAGCUAUCGACAUCGCCCCGGGCAAGGGCGGAGGCUAAGCACAGAAACGCGCAAGCCUGGUUUUCAAGGGGCAAAGAUUGUCGCGGCCAUUCAGAGAGACUCUCACCGCGUGCUUCCGUGUGUUCGUGUGAUUCUUGGUGUCAACAAAGUAUUAGUUCUAACUGAUUGUCUACUAACGUCCGCUAAAUGUUUCCAUGAUAUUCCCGAUCAGUAUGUACCUGAAGGAGCGUUAACCAAGGUCACCUGGAGGAGAUGUGAGCGUGCGUUUGUAAUCUGAGAACGAACGACGAACCGUGAAAAAGGAAUUUAUAUGUAAAAUGUAAUGUAAAAAAAAUCACUGUAAAGUUUUUAAA